UAGUCCUGACAAAACUUAACCGUUUCCAUUUGCCGAUUCUACGAGUACUUUUUUCACAACGGGUUUUCAAGUUUUGCGGGAAGUGUUCGCGUUUUAGUUUCUAAGUCGCAAAACGGUUUGCUCUUUUACUAGAGAGACUGGGUUUAGGGCUUUUGACGUUUUAGAACGGUUGUUCAGUGGAUAUCAGAUAGUAGCUGGGUUCUACCGUUCGCUCGAAGAUUGUCAUUUUAUCAUUUUCUGGCCAAAAAUCAUGGCAUCGUCCGUAUUUUCGUGUGGCACCUGUCGAGUGCGGUUCAACGCUUUAGAGCUAAUGCAGACGCACUACAAAUGUGAUUGGCACCGAUAUAACCUUAAACGAAAAGUGGCCGAAUUACCUCCGAUAAGUGCUGAAAACUUUGCCGAGAUCGUUGCUGCGUACCAACAACAGGCUCCAUCCAGUGCAGUGGCUGACGGCGGAGGGAAACGUGAAAAAUCCGAUAGCGCGUUCUACUGCAAAGAAUGUUCAAAGAGUUUCCAGAAUGCCAAAAGUCUGGCGGCUCAUAUGGAAUCGAAAAAGCAUUUAGAACGGUCCCGAUCGUAUUCCGAGUCUAAUGAAACAUCAUCGACUUCCGAGAAGAUGGUAGCAGAAACGGCAGCCGCUGUUGAAAUGGCCGAUGUUGACAAGGUGGAAAAUGAUGAAGAUGACUGGGAAGACGAAGACGAAGAAAUUCCUCCGUAUGACAUUACUGUCUGCCUGUUUUGCGAGAAAAAACUGACCUCUUUGGAGCAGAACAUCAGUCACAUGUCCACUGAACAUUCAUUUUUCAUCCCGGAUUUCGCAUAUUGCAAUGAUCUGGCCGGAUUAGUGGAUUAUCUGGGGAAAAAAACAACUCAUGGGCACACUUGUCUAUUUUGCAAUCAGUCGUUUAAGGACACCACGGCGGUGCACCGCCACAUGGACGCCAAGGGACAUAAUAAAAUGGGUUAUGAGAACGAGUUCCUCCUGGAGUAUGAAGACUUUUAUGAUUUCUCCGAGAACGCCGACUCUGACGGUCCAGCCGAUGACGAGAAUGCCGUUCUGGAUGGAAGUGGUUAUGAAAUGACCUUGCCCUCUGGAGCUACAAUCGGUCACCGAGACCUCAAUCGGUAUUACAAGCAAAGCCUGCGUCCUGUGCGGGAUGUGGCGCUGAUUUCGCGUGUUACUGGGCAGUAUAAAGCUCUUGGCUGGACUGGUUCAGAAAGGGACGAAGCCUACACUCAGACUAUGCGGAAGCAGCUCCAUAAUCUUCGCCUAAAGCAUAAACUCCACAUUGGCAUGCAAACUAACAAGAUUAUGAUGGAGCAUUACCGUCGGCAGUAUGGAUUCUGAGAUCGCGGUGACGAAAUAAGCGCACGUUGUAUCUCUUCUGCCUUUUUUCCUGGUAAAUUGAGUGAAAUGUCCUUUGUGUGGAAAAGUUUUUCUGGGGAUGCUCUUGUGAGACGCGGUUUAUUUCAAGGAAAAACCAUGUCUUUGUUCGUUUGUAGAAAUUGCGCUUGGAAAGUGUUCUUACGAUAAAAAACAGCGUUUGUUG